GAUGAUGAUAGUGGCUAUGAUGAUGAUGAUAGUGGCUAUGAUGAUGAUGAUAGUGGCAAUGAUGAUGAUGAUAGUGGCAAUGAUGAUGAUGACAGUGGCUAUGAUGAUGAUGAUAGUGGCAAUGAUGAUGAUGACAGUGGCAAUGAUGAUGAUGAUAGUGGCUAUGAUGAUAGUGGCAAUGAUGAUGAUGAUAGUGGCAAUGAUGAUAAUGACAGUGGCAAUGAUGAUGAUGACAGUGGCUAUGAUGAUGAUGAUGGUGCAUGCAUGCGAUGAUGGUAGCGGUGAUGAUGGUGAUGAUAGUUAUAUGUAGUUGGUUGGAAAUUAAUUAAACACCAAACUUUUGUUCUGAGCAAAACAUAUUGUGCUACGUCUUAACCUUAUGACAUAUAAAUAGGUCACUGUUCCAAUCCGUGUGAUGCAUUUACUGGGCGUCAAAACAAUGGUUGUUACUAAUGCCGCUGGAGGAAUCAAUCCCACGUUCAAUGUUGGUGAUGUCAUGAUUAUUAAAGAUCAUAUAAAUUUUGUAGCUCUUGCUGGGCAGAACCCACUAAGAGGACCUAAUGAUAAAAGGUUAGCAGGAAUCCAAGAUUAAGAUCAUGCAUCUUGACAGAUGAUCAAUCUCUAAUAUAAAUCUGGGCAGAGAAUGAACCCAUCUGACUCUCCAGCAUUAUCAUUUACCAUCAUUCUUUUCUAUAUAAUUUUUAAGGUUUGGAGAUCGCUUCCCAGCAAUGAACAGUUCGUACAGUAAAGAGUUGUGUGAACUAGCCAAGAAAACUGGCCAGGAACUAAACUUUGCUUCUUUUCUAAGAGAAGGAGUUUAUGCAUGCGUUGGAGGACCCUCGUAUGAAACCACCGCAGAACUCAACUACUUACAUAAGGUGCAUGAUUUCAUAACUCUUAUGUACUCCAAGACAGUUUAAAAACAAUAGCUAUAAAGCCCUGAUAAAGAGACUUUGAACUGUUUAACCUGCACAACAGCUAAUCAUAGAAUACUACAUAUAUAUGUACACUGUACAGUACCUAUAGUUUAAGACCCCCAUGUUUGAGAUAUCUUUUUCAGGUAGUUAAGACACAAACCACGACAGCUCAUUGUAAAAUACUACCUACACUGGACCACCACGUUUGAGAUAUAUUUUUCAGGUAGUUAAGACACAAACCACGACAGCUUAUUGUAGAAUACCUACAAUGCUGUAAAUAGACGUUUGACUCUAGUCACUCUGUACAUUUUCUAACAUUGUUAUAUCCCUCAAAUAUUUCAGGUUGGUGCAGACGCAGUUGGCAUGAGCACAGCACACGAGGUGAUCGUUGCAACACACUGUGGUAUGCAAAAUCUGGGAAUUUCGUUGAUAACAAACCCCGCUGAGUUAUCUUACGACGUCCAGAAUGAUAUUAGCCAUGCAGAAGUGUUAGAAGUUGGAAAGAAACGCUCUAAAGAUGUCGAAAAACUUGUUAAAUGUAUUGUUCAAAAACUAAACUAGCCAAAUUCUAAAUGAUCAACUGUUUCACAAAUUAUACCUUACCUAAUUAAUCUGUUCAUAUGAGCCUAGCUGGCUGGGAUGAAUCGUGUCACAACUUUUUUUCCUGACCAUAAAAGAGAGUUUGAAUGAACUUUAUAUAUUGUUGCUGGAAUCAGACAAAAUUAAUUCAACUUUGAAAUGUCAUUUUGGAUGUUUAUCAAAGCUGUGACCAAUCAUCCUGGUUAACCAGACCACCCCAGCUCCAUAUGAACAGCCCCUAAUACUCCGAAUUCAUCCUGGCAUGUGUGAUACCAGACAUUCCAACAAUCUCGAAAGUCUCCGAGUCUCCCGAAAAUUCAUGCAAUCUCCUGGUCUCCCGAUUUUUAUAAAAUUCUCCAGAUUUUUCAGAAUAUUCAGGAAAUAUAGUAAAAAAACACAAACAUACUGUUUUUAGCAACAUAAUAGUCUGUCUUGACCUUUUUAUGAAGUUCCUUAAUGGCAAUUUAUAGGUCGGAUCACUUAUAACAACAUCUUCCCAAAAUGCAGGAAAUGCCAUUUCAGAAGACUUAAUUUUUAUUUUUUCCCAGAAGAACUAGAUUUCAAUUCACUGAACAGUCUCCCUAAAUUUUACCUACAGUAGUCUAAGUUACCAGCACAAUAUACUUAAUAUAUAUGUGCAGAAAGUAUAACAAUUUAAAACAUUGAGGCAAUAGGAGUAUAUAGUAGUUUUAUCAAUGCAGUGUCUAUACUGUGAAAUUUAAUUAAAAUUGUUCUCAAUUAAAGCUGUCUGAAUUUGAAAAAUAUUUAUUGCAGAAAUUAAAUAUCGUCUUAUAUUAUAUACGAUAAAUAUAUUUUAUUCAUAAAUACAGUAUAUAUUUUUAUAUAAUCUAUUUUAAAAUUAUGAAAAUAGUUCUUUGUGAAAUAAUUUGCUAUGCUCAUUUCAGGGGCUGCAUAAACUACAAAAUACUGUAGUGGUUAAAAAGUAGUUUGGAGUUUUAUAGUACUUGCUUCCCAACAAUGUUUUCCAAUAAAUUCAAAAAUAUUUUCAGUAUUUUCCUAACAAUUUUGUUGUGCAAACAAUGUUUUCUGGUUUGUCCACCAAUGGGAAACAUGGCUAGGAAACAAUGUUUCCUGGUUUGUCCAUCUCCAGGAAACAUUGCUAGGAAACAAUGUUUACGGGUUUGCACUAUAGGCCUUAUCCAGUACUAAUCCUCGUCAGAAUCAAAGCUGAAUGCAUUGUUUGUACUUAGCAUUUGAACUCUUUCUUCAUCCUGCGCUGACGUUGUUACAGCUUUGUUCUCGUCACCU